UUUUGCCAUUUAGAAUCGGAAUGGCCUACAGGGAGCGAUAGCUACACUUGGUAAUGUGAGGAAAGCUGUUUUUGAAAUGUUUACUGACAUUUUCUAGUCAUAGUCUGCCUUUGUUAUUUCACAAUAUAUUUGAAAUGUUUUUUUUUCCUCUUCAACUGAUCACCAUGGUUACAACCAGUAUAAAGUUCAGUCACUGAUCCUUGAUAAGAAUCACUAGACGAUGUGGGCUGGACUUCGCUCACAGAUUUAUAUGCCACUCCUCUCUGUCAGGUUUAUCUUGCCAUAGUCAGCCAUUUGUUCCUGAGCCGCAAAAUGGAGCAGACUAGAGUUCACCUGCAGAGAGAAUCCAUCGACUGUCCCAUCUGUCUGGAUCAACUGGAAGAUCCGGUCACUACGCCAUGUGGACACAGCUACUGCAUGAAGUGUAUCAAUAAUUCCUGGGACAGUGAGGCUGUGAAGAACAGCUACACCUGUCCUCAGUGCAUGAAGAAGUUCACACAGAGGCCUCACCUGGAGAAGAACAUUGUGUUAGCAGAGUUAGUGGAGGAGCUGAAGAAGACGAGUCUUGAAGCAACUCCAGCCGACCACUGCUAUGCUGGACCUGAAGAUGUGGCUUGUGAUUUCUGCACUGGGCGGCGGAGGAAAGCGCACAAGUCCUGCCUGGUGUGUCUGGUUUCUUACUGUGACCACCACCUCACGCCUCAUUUAGAAAACCUGGCCUUCAGGAGGCACAAGCUGGUCGAGCCAUCCAAGCAACUGGAGGAAUACAUCUGCUCCCAUCAUGAUGAGGUGAUGAAGAUCUUUUGUCGCACUGAUCAGCAGGUCAUCUGCUCUCUCUGCACCAUGGACCAGCACAAAGGUCACGACACGGUCUCAGCUGCAGCAGCCAGAGGUGAGCGAGAGACUGAGGUGGGACAGAGACGGAACAAGCUCCAGCAGAGUAUCCAGAUCAAAGAGAAGGAUGUCAAGCUGCUUCAGCAGCAGGAACAGAACCUCACCCUCUCUGCUGAUGAAGCUGUGAAGGACAGUCAGGACAUUUUCAACCAACUGAUCAUGAACAUCCAGACAAGGAUGUCCUCUGUGGAGCAGCAGAUCAGAUCCAAGCAGAAGACUGAAAACCUCUCCUCUGUCACAGCAGUUCCUGAAGACAUUAUCUCAUCGGAGACCAACCUCCGUCCUCACAGCAAUUUUGAGGAAGUGACAGCCGCCGUGUCAGCGAGCAGAGAUCAGAUCCAGGACUUUCUGAGGGACACCUGGACGAACUUCUCCCUCACACUCAAACAGAACAUGGGUCAACAGUUGGAUGCCGAGCCUCAGACCAGAAUGGAGCUCCUCAGAUAUUCGUGCGCCGUCACAGUCGAUCCAAACACUGCCGACACAGAACUGUUUUUAUCUGAGGGGAACAGAAAAGUGGCAAAAAUUGGAAAAAUGCAGUCUCGCCCUAAACACCCCGACAGAUUCACCAAAUACUCUCAGAUAUUGAGUAAAGAGGCUCUGCCUGGACGUAGUUACUGGGAGGUGCUCAUCACUGGAAGAGCUGAAGUGGCCGUCUCAUACAAGGACAUCAGCAGAUCAGGAGAUGAAAGCGAAUUUGGGAAGAAUGACUUAUCUUGGUCUUUAAGUCACAAUUGUUCAAUGAGACACAACUGUGCUUCUUCUCCAGUCUCAAACCCUCCUACCUUCAGACUGGGCGUGUACCUUGAUCACACGGCAGGAUUGCUUUCCUUCUACAGAGUCUCUGAAACCAUGACCCUCCUCCACAGAGUCCAGACCACCUUCAACCAGCCUCUGUAUGCUGGAAUCUGGGUUAGUCGUGGUGCCUCAUCUGAGUUUCUCGAUUUGAGCUAGAACUGAGCGGCUGAAGGAGUUUAUCACCAAAUUCCUCACUUCUGCUUUUUUUUAUUUCUUCGACGUCAAACUCUAUGAAGUCUUGUGGAUGAUUCUUUUUUAAGCAUGCAAAUGGGUGAUAAUGGGAAUAAACCAGUGCUUUUUUGUGCCGCAAUGAUCCAACAAACAACGUCCCCAUCAAACCUCUGGAUUUAAGAUUGUAAUUUGCUUAUUUGAAAUGAUUGUACGCGCGACUUGUGACAGGCUCUGUGACCUGGACGUUGAACUCAUGAUUUGAAAUCACUUCUGGAUCUCAGUUGUGAUUCUGACAAAUGUUUGUAAAUAUGCAAUAAAAG